CUCUGUCACAGCGAGUCUGAUCUGUUUCCAUGAGCUCUGUCUGAAAACUAAACCAGGAUGGUGCUGAUAGUAACUCUGCUGGUCCUGUUGGGUUUUCUGAGUCAGGGUGAGAGAUUCAAAAAUGAACAUUAUAAUAGAAUUAUUUAUAUGACUGUUGUUUUAAUGUUUGUGUGCAGUUUUUCUCUUUUUGUGUCUUCUGUCAGUGUUUUUAAUCUUUAGUUCAUUUUCUAAUAGUUUGAUGUUCUUUGUCUCAUUUCAGAGUCUUCUGCAAACAAAUUUCUGACUCAGGCUGACAAAUUUAAGUCUGUACGUCUUGGUGAGACUGUGACAAUCAGCGCAACAGGGAGUUCAGACAUUCGUGCUGAUCUCAGUUGGUACAUUCAGAAACCUGGACAGGUUCCCAAACUGCUUAUAUACACUUCAUCAAGCCGUUUCUCAGGAACCCCGUCUAGAUUCAGUGGAAGUAGAUCUGGUUCUGACUACACUCUGACCAUUCAAGGUCUUCAGGCUGAAGAUGUUGGAGAUUAUUACUGUCUUGGUCUCCAUAGUGGUGGAGUGUUCACACAGUGAUUUAGAGCCGUACAAAAACCUCCUCCAGUUCAGCUGAAGUGAAACCAUCCUGCUGCAGGUGCAGAGGGUUGGUGUGGUGUAAAGAGAGGCGAUGGUCCAGUGAACAAGAGAGUCAUCAAGCAGAAACACAGACGCUCAGAAUCAAACGGAAAGAAACUCACAGAUGCUCCUUUAUUUGAACAUUUUAACAGCAAUAGUAAUAAUUUAAGAUGAUUAAUGAAUCCACGUAAAGAAAUUAUUUUAAAGAAAUAUAUCUCUGAUUUAAAAAACAUUCAGCAAUAUCCCGAUUAAAAGCUACAUAACAGCUUUUCAACAAAUAACAUGAUCUUUUUUUGUCUGAAAACUGAACUUGACAUUAAAAUAUAAUUUCAAAACCAAAAA